AUGUCAUCAAUUUCAGCGGCGUCAGAAAACCCCAAAAACGUCAGCCGACCUAUUGAUCGUGACACAGAGAGUGGAUUCCAGGCCGCUCCUCGACCAGCCAAAGACACGGUAUUUGAGCAACAUGAGACAAAGCUUUCAUAUACCAAGGAGGUAUCCAAAAAUUACGACUGGGAAGGUUCCUGGAUCUGGGAAAUCGGGUGUGCUAUUCUCAGUGUUAUCUACCUUGCCCUCUUAAUAGGCUUUCUGGGAUACGUGGAUGGGAAGCCCUAUCUCAAUUGGCAAUAUUCCAUAUCUCCUAAUGCAGUCAUCUCUGUCAUUGCAACUUUCGCCAAGUCAGCGAUGCUUGCUUUAGUUUCGGCCUGUCUCGGCCAGUUGAAGUGGAAACAGGGCCGCAAUCCAAAUCCAACGCAGCUCUAUCAUUUCCAUCUUCUUGAUCAAGCCAGCCGUGGUCCUUGGGGAUCCCUAAAGAUAUUCUGGCACUUGAGAUCAUUUUUAGCAUUGGCUGGAGCAGCAUUGAUGGUCCUCGCUGUUGUGAUUGAUCCUUUUACACAGCAGAUCUUGGCAUUUCCAUCACGAAGGGUACAAGUGCUAAAUGAGACUGCAUAUGUCUAUAAGGCGCAGGAGUUUCAUACCAAAUUUCAUUGGAGCACAUUUCAAAUGGAUGAUACAAUGCAGAUUGCCAUGUUCAAUGGAUUGGCACGUACAAGCGUUCCUCUUGAUCCAAUUUGUCCUUCGGAAUCCUGCGAUUAUCCCGAAUUUACCACGCUUGGAAUUUGCGCGUCUUGUGAAGAUGUUACAGAAACAGCUACACAAGACUGCCGGCCAAUUCCAAGCCCAUAUUCUGAACCAAACUUUGCCCAAAAAUGGGCGAAUUGGCAUGAAAUCCUCUCCAGCCCGACAACCCCUUUCCUCCGCAAAAUGGCCGCAUCAAUCCCUAUUGACUGUCACUACUCAACCUCGAAUGGAUUCACAUUGACUCCAAACACUUCUCAGCCCUCGACUUCCAAUGGCACUAUUCAAAUAUAUCGUGAUAGCUUUAUAGCUACCACUUCGAGCACAGAUCUUUGGGAUAUUGCCUACGUUUCCAUGGCAAAGUACAAUUCUGAUACCAUUACGUACACUACUGAGAACAUGAGUGUGAGCGAGCAAAGGCCUCAGAUGACACAAUGCUCAAUUCAGUUCUGUGAAAAACAGUAUGCUCAGAACCUUUUUUCGAAGAACAGCACCGGUUUUCAGCCCUCAAAAAGCCAAGUUCUACAGCUCAUCGAUCACAAUACGGGUAACAGAACUUUAACUUUAAUACCUAGAGAUGGGGGGAAUACCUUAUCAGACAACUCAACCUACACUAUUGAGAGAUUGUCCUGGUUAGGGCUCUCCAUGCAUUUGGGGAGGGCUUUCAAUACCGUUCUUAAUAGAUUUGAUGGCGGAGCCCCGCCUAGUGUCGUCCUAGCCACGAUUCUCUACAAUAGUGACAACAUCACCAAAUCAUUCAGCAGCAUGGCCACUAGUAUGACCGACAAUAUACGUUCAGGCAUUGCAAAUACUCAAGUUGGCGGAAGAGUUUAUAAAACUGAGACGUUCAUUCAUGUCCGUUGGCUCUGGGCUAUUCUUCCCAUAGUAACCGCCAUCUUGUCCAUCUUUCUCUUCAUGGCUACAGCGAUUGUUAAUCGGGGUCAACCCGUGCUAUGGAAAUCGUCCGUUUUUCCACUCUUCAUGGGGCUGUUACAGGUUGCUCCGGAACAUGAGAUCGCCAACCUUCGGCAUUUGGACCAUAUACAGUCUAUGUCGAAGGAGAUCAAGAUUGUUGUAGAAGGAGGGGAUAAUGGUCCCCUUUUGUUCUCAGAGCGAUAA